CCUGACUCGCUCUGUUGCUUUGCUCUCACAGCUUCUCUUGCUCAUGGCUCACUUCUAUGUUUUGUUAAAUGCAUGCUCACCAAAGGUUCCCCCUUCUCUUCCCUUCCUCUCUCACAUUGCCUUCCCCUCUCCGCCUCUUCCCUCGCUCUUUCCCUCCUCUCCCCCUCCGAUUUUCUUCUCCUUUCCCUCUUCUUUCCCUCCUCUUCCCCUCCUCUCACCCUCCACCCCCAUUCCUCUCUCCCAUUGCCAAACUACAGCGGGUCCUCCUCCCCCCUCUCCUCCUCCCCAGCCUCCUUCCCCCCCGCCUCCUCCCCCCUCUCCGCCUCCCAACCCACCUCCUCCCCCUCCUCCCUCUCCGCCCCCUCCCUCGCCACCACCCCCAUCGUCCUGGCAAGUGACUCGGUGGGAGUGUAUAAACAAGGACCUUCAGGGCACCUGCACUUGCAGCUGCUUAUUUGGCAACCAGUGUUACUGCCCUGUCUAGAGCACGUGGUAACCAGUGUUACUCCUAUCCCAAACUACAGAAUGAGGUAG